AUGUCACUGCCAACUGGCGCCAGAAGCGAUGUAUCGGAUAUCCAGCGAAUCACCCGAGGCGGGCGCCGAAAGCGCAACGAAUACGCUCUGGUCGCCUGUAUGCUAUGCAAGUCUCGAAAAGUUAAAUGUGACGGCCAGUGGCCCUGCCAGCGCUGCACCAAGCGUGGUGCAGAGUGUUCCUAUCCACGUCGCGGCCAUAUACCCAGCAUGAGCCCAAUGCCUACAGAAAUGAGCUUAGAGACAGAAUACUCUCCAUCAACUGAGGAUGUGGCCACGCCUCAAAUAUUUGCGACUUCAGGCGGCCCUACAUCGAACGAAGCAUCCCGUCUACCUGCGCAACCCGGUAAUAACAUAGGCGCCUCGCUACAAAGCCCAGCAGCUACCGAAAAAUCGCCUACAGCUCGCCGCUCUAGUUUUGUUGACACCUUCAGCUUGGCAAGAUCAUGCCUUGAAGCUAAUGGUAUAGUGGACCAAGCUGAGAAGGACGUCCAAGGUUCAACGAACAAACCAUGCCUGACUCUGGAGCAAUCUCUUGCUUCCGCAAAAGACGACUGCUUGGAAUCUGUUCUGGAACUUGGAUACGACAGAGCUAGAAGCUUGUUCAUCACGUUUGCGGAGACUAUCUAUCCGAUUUACUCUUGUGUUGACCUCCAAUCGACAGAACAGGUCUUGGGUGCGGUACUUGGGCGUUCAGCGGGUCAGACACCAAAGCCCGUUUCGAUCACCCUGACGAAGAUAGACAUUCUCAAAGCUGUUUUGGGACUCACUCUCCUCAUUGAGGAUGAUAAAACAAGUCCCCUGGCACGGUACCUUCAACGCUGCAUCGAUUGGUCUGUGGAGAAGGUUAUUAUUGGGAAAGGCCCUGAUAUUGACGAUGUUACCAUGGCUGCCUUAAUGGCCCUGUAUUUUUUCCAUAAGUCCGAACAUAAGAAGGCGUGGCGACUUACCAGUCUAGCAUCGAGAAUUUGCUUCGAACUCUGUCUUCAUCAAACUCCAGAGGAAACGGAGAAGGCUGUUGAAGUCUCUGGUUCGUUCUCCCCACGAGUGUUAUUCUGCUGUGUAUACGUACUAGACCGGACGUUUUCUUUCGCAACGGAUCUUCCCCAUACCACCAAGGAUGAAGACAUAGACGAAAGCUGCUUUGAUCUUGGAAUCUCGUCUCCGUUCCUAGUCGUGAACAUGGAAUACACGCGUCUCAAUUCGGAGAUACUAGGACUGCUGAAGGCUUCAGCCAAGAGCGUUGCGGAAAGUCGACAACAAAAGGAGUACCUCGAUUAUCGGAUUCAACGGUUACGCGAUCAAUUCCGGGACCUUACGGCAGCCUCUCGAUCUACAGCUUUACCUAACAACCCUUGGGAUCCUCUUCAGAACGAAGUUCUUAUGAAUGACCUGGAAACCUUUCUAGAGAUACGGAUCUGUCACUCUCGAAUACUACUACGCAAACCUCUCCUCCGCUCAUACAAAGGCGAUCGCGAGAAGAUAGCAGCAGCGGCAGUCUGUAUUCAGUGUGCCAAAGCCACCAUAUUUCUGUGCUCCGGCGUGAUUAACAAGGCGGCCCCGUUAAAGUGCCUUCGAAGCUCAUACGAAUACUUCACCGUGUCGUCACUUGCUAUAAUCCUGCUAGUUGUUUCUCAGGACCCAGAAACUUACGGACCAGAGAGCAGAGACGCAUUUCAAGAAGCGAUCAGAAUACUCCAGGUAUCCAAGUGUCGAAACUUUGCGUGUGGGAAUUUGUCCUUUACUUUUGAGCAACUCCUCCGGAUCGGGGAGCGGCUUCACAUGCCGAAAGAUAGCAAUACGCCGAUACUACAAGACUUUGGAGAUAUUGACAUGGGGCAGCUCUUGGAGGAUUCACAAUGUGCUGGAUCAGGUAAGUUAAUGGCGUCCUAA